UCCACACAGUCCACACAGUCCACACAGUCCACACCUCAAUAUUAAGCGACCAUUGUGGAAUGAUUAAAUGUCUCCCGGAGGCUGUAGGCCUCAGGUCUUGUUGACGGCUCGACAGUGUAACCACAACCGCACAUGAUAGCUGGGGGUGGGGGCGUGGCCUGAUGGACGUCCGACGCGUCCAAUAAAUGACGAAGUAGCCGAACACGCCCCCUGCCUGAACCAAUGGAGAGAGGGGCGGGGGUUCGGGCGAAACAGCAAGUUCGGUUGACCGUCCCCGAUCAGGAAGAAUAAAACAAAACACGUUUUUAAUACGGCCAGGUUUUAUAUAUCUUGCUUCUCGAAGAUCAGGGAACGAAUUCCGUGUUUUUUGCCUUGCGGGGAGGACGGGUAUUUUUUUUUGAAAACCGAAUACGUUAGUAGGCGCCGGUUGGAGCAAGAUGGCGGGCGUGACGGACGGACGGGCGUUCCAAUGGGAGCGGGAUGCGGACACUUCCGGCGGAGGGGGACGGCCAAUCGGUGCCAGCGUGAGGGGCGGGGCGCGUCGCUCGGGCCCAAGGCCGAGGGGUUUGAGAGACUAGAUGCAAUGGAGGAGGAGGUGCCUCAGUCGGAGAUUCCAAACCGAACGACUGUGACAGUGGCUGAUUCGGACAGUGUCAACACAGAGCCAAGUACCCUGCUGUACAAGAUCAAGGGCUGUAUCAGCAAGAAUGUUCAGUUGAAGGUGGAUAACGUUCUGCAAGACGUGAAAGUGUUCUCAGACGUAGAGAAGCUUUACCUCUACCUGCAGCUGCCUUCAGGCCCCAGCCAUGGGGAUAAGAG